AACGUGAGCCCAGCAGACGCCACGGACGCUGUUGCAGGGGAGCGAGUCUGUGCUUGACACAUGUGUUUCCCAUUGAUAGCUGGAGACAGACCAGUAGCUCUGAGUUGGCCUGACAAAGCCUUAUUGAAGUACAGACAGAGUACGGUUUCAAAGCCGUCAGAGAAAGAACGGGAAUGCUGUUCAGGAAAUUCUUCAGGCAUGGGCAGGGACUUGGCUGCAAUUCUGCAGUUGGAAAAUCUGACUGGGGCAGCUUCUGAACACAGGCUGGGCCUGCUCACGCUCGGCGGGCUGAGCGGCCGCCUCCUUCAGAGCCUCUCGGCUCACUCUGGGCUUGUGGGCGAUUUUCAUCAGGCGCUUUGUGAAGCAGACAAGCGAGAUGCCUCAGGAGCAGUACACACACCACCGGAGCUCCAUGCCCAGCUCUGAGGGGCCACAAGUAUACAAGGUGGGCAUUUAUGGCUGGCGGAAAAGAUGCCUGUAUUUCUUUGUCCUACUCCUGAUGAUUUUAAUACUGGUGAACUUGGCCAUGACCAUCUGGAUUCUCAAAGUCAUGAACUUCACAAUUGAUGGAAUGGGGAACUUGAGAAUCACAGACAAAGGUCUAAAACUAGAAGGAGACUCCGAAUUCUUGCAACCUCUCUACGCCAAAGAAAUCCAGUCCCGACCAGGUAAUGCCCUGUACUUCAAAUCAGCCAGAAAUGUUACAGUGAACAUUCUCAAUGACCAGACUAAAGUGCUAACUCAGCUGAUAACAGGUCCAAAAGCCGUAGAAGCUUAUGGCAAAAAGUUUGAAGUAAAGACAGUUUCUGGAAAAUUGCUCUUUUCUGCAGAUAACGAUGAAGUGGUAGUAGGAGCUGAGAGAUUAAGAGUUUUAGGAGCGGAGGGCACAGUGUUCCCUAAAUCUAUAGAGACACCUAAUGUCAGGGCAGACCCCUUCAAGGAACUAAGGUUGGAGUCCCCGACCCGGUCUCUGGUGAUGGAGGCCCCAAAAGGAGUUGAAAUAAAUGCAGAAGCCGGCAACAUGGAAGCCACCUGCAGAACAGAGCUGAGGCUGGAGUCCAAAGAUGGAGAGAUUAAGUUAGAUGCUGCGAAAAUCAAACUACCUAGGCUGCCUCACGGAUCCUACACGCCUACAGGAACGAGGCAGAAGGUCUUCGAGAUCUGCGUCUGCGCCAAUGGGAGAUUAUUCCUGUCCCAGGCAGGAACUGGUUCCACUUGUCAGAUAAACACAAGUGUCUGCCUUUGAGAGACCAUCCAUAGUGGACCUUGUUGGCAGCAUAAAGGCCAUUUUUGGCUUUAGACACUGGCUGCCAGCUAUUUUUACUAGAACACAGAAAGCCUAUCAAAGACCUUGUGUGUGUGUGUGGGUGUGGGUGUGGACGUGGGUGUAUGCGUAUGCGUGUGGGUGGCUAUAAAUAUAUAUAAAUAUAUAUAAAUAAAUAUAUAUAUCCUCUGUAUAAAAUGAGGUUUCAGUACAAAAGGAACCAUGGGUGACCCUGUGAUAUCCACCAUCAUUUCCAUUUCAACCCUACCACCUACAUGAUAAAAUCAAAACACUAAUUCAGGCCCAAUAUUCCCCAGACCCUUCAAAACCACACAGUGUAUCAGACUCUUACCGAAUAGUCACCUACAUGUUUAAGCAGCCACGCAUCUUCCCCUUUAGUGUCAUUACAAGGCAGUGAUGGCGGGAAUCUCUAAGUCACACUCAAGCACUGAGACCCUUGUAUUGCAGUAGAUACUUCGUUUCCGUUUUUAGCUUUCAUAAGGCUCGCCAACUUCCCCUUCUUCAAGUUAGGGAUGGGGCAGUGCCAUAGAAGUUGGCUGUGGGAACUCAAAAUGGUGUUCUCCCUUCACAGCCAAAUGUACUGGGGCCUUUGUAGUUGGAUGAAUGUGGAGGAUGAAUUUUAGCAAAGUUUGAACUGCCCACCCAACUCCUGCUAUGUUCCUUCAAAAUUACAUAUUAUCCCACAGUCAAAAUAGGAGUUGUAAAUCAGCACAAAAUAGGAUAACAGCUGCUCCUCAGUCGGCUGGAAGCUACUCAGUGGCCUGACAGGAAAAGAAUAAAUGGGUGAUAUGUCUCUGUUUAAAAGAAAAAAAAAUGGCUCAAAGUCUGUUUCAUCCUCACUUGUGACUUUAUCCAGUGGACUCCAGCCUCAAAAUCCUUAAGAGAGGAACCCCCACCCCAAGAGAAACCAUUUGGGAAUGGAAACCUAAUUAAGAGGAGCCUAGAAAACCUAAUUAAUUUUUAUAUAUUUCCUGGGAUUGGUAGGUAAUUGGGAGACUUGCCUUUUUAUUUCUAAAGACACGCACAAACUCUAGCUUCAAUAUCCUUAUAUAUAUUUUUGUUGGGAUAUUUAUAUUCCUACAUCCACCAUUAUAUUUUCUCCAAGAAUACUGACCCAGCAAUCACUGAUCUAAAAUACCUGCCCCCAGAAAUGGUCACUGGAAAUUAAUAUAAACUGAGUCAAGUGUCUCUCUCAGACUCACCAUGUCCCCAACGGCCCAACAAAACCACUCCCCCAUACGUGGAGGCAUCUCCCUAGUUCCCGCCAUCAGCUACCUCUCAUCCCUCCACCUUCAUCGUCAUGCUCCAGGGUCACCCUGGCCAGCUCUUGUGCUGGGACAGGGGAUUACACCAUCUCUGUUCAAAGAGGGAGAAAUGUGCCUAUGCCUUAAGUCAAUGCACUCAGCAAGGAGAAGCACAUCCUAUUUAUCUUGUUGUUACCUGUAGUUUAUUUUGGGCGAUUGGAGGGGGAAUGGUUUAGUCAUGAGUGGGCAUCUUAAAAACUGGUAGACAAACCAGGUGGCUGACAGACAUGGACUCUCACGAGCCCGUAUGGAGUUGUAACUGGCUUAGACAGUCCUGGAUGCCAUUUGGCAAGCAGCGGCCCCACAAUCCUAAAUGAGGUCAUAUUGGUAGGCCUGGAUGGCAUUUGUGGUUUUUUUUUCUUCAACAAGGUUUUAAUUUUUCUUCACAAGCAGGGGAAGUUUUGGAAACAAAUGUGAGGUUUGAUAUUUUUGAGAUGACACUCAAGCAUCAGGCUGAGGUUUGUAUACAAAGGAUGUACAAAGCAAGCUGUGUGUUGCUUUAGGAGUGGGGCAGGGGGUGGGGAGGGGUGGUUUCCUAGCUUGACCAGCAGCCCUGCUGGCUUCCAGACCCCAUACCCCCUCCAGUCACUCCUUCUCGGUAUCCCAUGUAGAGGAAUUGAGUUGUUCACGGGCAAGACUACUUAGUUUGCAACACUAAGAGUCUAAAAAGGAAAACCCUAAAAACAUGUUAAGUUGCUCUCCAUCGGUAUUCUUUCCUGUAGGAUCAUACUGACAGAAUCUGCAUGUACUAUAUACAGGGUUUUGCCAAAUAGAAGAAGCCCCCCUUGGCCCCAAGGAGCAUCCCCUGCCCCGUCAUUCAGAUAAACAGUAGUAGCUGUGAGGCCCUCCAUGGCUAAUUACCUUAAGACUAAGUGUUUUUAAGCAGAGAGACCAUCUUUGUAUUUUACCAUCUCAAGUACACUAUCUAUGGAUGACAAGAAAACAGAAGGUUCCCUGAACCUCUUUCCUCUGAGUUUGUUCUAAUCGUUAUAUGAAAGUCUAAGAUGAGCCCCUUGGUAAUUUUAUGCCAAUAAAAAAAAAAAAAAGAG